AUGGGGUUCAAUUUCACCUACCUGUGUGAACUCCUCUCGACCCUCGAGAAUAACCGGAUUGAAAAAGCGUCCACGGCGGCAAGGAACAAAAAUUUGGACACACGGGCUGUAGCCCGGUGGUUUACGCAGCAUGGCAAGCGAAUACAUAGCAAAGACACGGACCAACUAGCCCUUCUCUCGUGCUUGUUUCCGGAAAAGAGAACCGACAGAGUAUACUGGCUGCAGGACACUUCCCUAGAAAGGGUAAUUGGUCGAUGUCUGCUGUUGGGCUCUUCACGGAGGCAGGAGCUUGAGCGCUGGCGCCAUUCCGGAGGAGUUGAUCUAGGCGAAUGCGUGGAGAAUGUGAUGCGGCAGGCCGAGAAUGACAUUCCACGCGGUAGAGAAGUCACAGUAGAGGAGAUCGAUGUGGCCUUGAAUAAUAUCGCCUCGCGAUGUAGGUUCUCUGGGCCGCAGGUACGCAGACAGCGUACGGCAGUUGACGUGGAGGGCGCUUUGGGUCCUUUAUAUCUACGCCUGAGUAGCAGAGAUGCUAAAUGGCUUACUCGAAUGAUACUCAAAAGCUACUUUCCAGUAGUCUUGCCGCAAAGGUUCACGAUGAAGAGCUUGCAUUUUUUGCUUCCUCAGCUUUUGCUUUUCCAGGACUCGUUCGAAUCUGCGUUGAAAACACUGGCUUCCGAACCAAUAAAUUUCUUCCCAGCCCAGCCAGAGCCUGGUCUGGCCAAAGAUCUGAGUACCAAGGCCUUACAGUAUUUGGAUCCUGAGGUUGGUAUUAAGAUUGGGCGGCCGGAGUACUAUAAAGCUCGCAGUAUCAAACACUGCUGUCGAAUGGUGGACCGUCGCCGAAUGAGUAUGGAGAGAAAGUAUGAUGGCGAAUACUGCCAGAUACACAUCGACCUGACCAAGCAUCCGAACUCCAUCCAGAUAUUCUCAAAAAGUGGCAAGGAUUCAACGGCAGAUAGAUCGGGAGUCCAUCAUAUCCUCAAGCAGGCCUUGAGAAUAGGAACGUCCGAGUGUAGAUUUUCUCGUCGUUGUAUAGUAGAGGGCGAGCUGCUUGUUUGGAGUAGCAAACACGGAAAGAUAGCAGACUUUCACAAGUUGCGCAAGUUCAUCUCUCGGUCUGGUGUCUUUAUUGGAACAGACCAUGAUUCUCCGCCACAACCUUACGAGCAUUUGAUGAUUGUGCUCUUCGACAUUCUGGUCCUUGACGAUGAUGUCUGUCUGAGAAAACCACAUAGGGAAAGGCGACUACUACUAAAAGAUGCGGUACAGGUUAUAGAUGGUCAUGCUGAUAUUGCCGAGCAGAGAAUCAUAGAUUUCUCCCGUUUCGACGGUCAGGUUAGGCUCGAGAGUAUAUUUGCUAAAGGCGUUGAAGAACGAUGGGAAGGAUUUGUGUUGAAAGGAUGCGACGAUCCAUAUUUCCCGAUUCUUUCUACGGAGACAAGAGGCGCAUACGGCCGCUGGAUAAAGCUGAAGAAGGACUAUAUACCAGGAUUAGGAGAUACAGUGGAUCUUGCACUGGUUGGUGCAAAAUACGAGGCUCGAGAUGCUACUGCGUUGAAGAAGAUCCGCAAGCUAUUAUGGACACACUUCUUCAUCGGAUGUCUCGACAAUAAGCAGGCUGUGUGUCAAUUCAACGCAACACCCAAGUUUCGAGUGGUUGAUGUGAUCGAUCGAAAUUGCAUGAGUGAGCGAAACAUGCAAAUACUCAACCAAUUCGGCGAGUUCAGAGCCUGCGGUCCCGAGUCAGGUUAUGGUUUUUGUGUGGAAUACGGACAGUCAACUAUCCCACAUGCAGAUGUCAUAUUUAAGACUCCCUUUGUCGUUGAGAUGCUUGGAAGUGGAUUCGAGAAACGCUCGGGAUCUCGAAUCUAUACCCUUCGAUUCCCUCGGAUCCAAAAAACCCAUUGGGAUAGGACGUUUGAAGACGCGGUUUCAUUAUCAGAGCUGCAGCUUCUGGCUGAAAGCGCCCGAUCAGUGCCUGGCGAGGAUGUCCAGGAACAUGAGGAAUGGACUAAGCGUUUGAAACAGGGGACUGGAUCUGCACAGUAUAUUGUCCAACGAUCACAAAGUGUUGUAUCUACAACUAGUACAUCCUCCAGACCA